GGCAGAAGCUAUCUACCACUUCAAUGUCUUCAUUGUCAAUUCUGAGGCAUCUUAGAGUUCUUAGAUCUCCUUGGGGACAGAAUCCAGCUGCAGGACUUCCGCGGAUUCCGAGGUGGCUUGGAUAUUACGAGAGGCCAGACAGGAACAGAGUCUGUCUGCACCAAUUUCCGGGGCAAGGAGAUCAUGUUCCAUGUCUCUACAAAGCUACCCUUCACAGAGGGAGAUGCCCAGCAGCUUCAGCGGAAGCGCCACAUUGGGAACGAUAUUGUGGCCAUUGUCUUCCAGGAUGAAAAUACUCCCUUUGUCCCUGACAUGAUUGCCUCCAAUUUCCUGCAUGCCUAUGUGGUAGUGCAGCUUCAUCACCAUGCCCUUGGGGAGACUCUCUACAAGGAGCGGACCCGCAGUGCUCUUCUCGAGAGUCUUUAUGAGGAGCUGCAGAUCCGGAGACGCAGUAUGAUGGGCUUGGCCUCUGGAGAUGAUGACAAGAUAGAGAAUGGGGGUGGUGGCUUCUUUGAGAAUUUCAAGGAGUUGAUGUGUUCCCUUGAAGGUCCCCAGAAGCAGGACACGCUGGCUCAGAGUGCGUGGUUGGACUAUAAUGUCUGUACACCCAGCAGUACCAGCUCACCAGUAACUCGGCUGCUCCCUUCCGGCAGCGGUGCAGGCUCCAUGGAGAAGGGGAAAGGUGGCAAAGUGGAUGCUCAGCGUUACAGCCCAGCCUCCAUUUUGUGCUGUGUGUGAUAUCAUCGCUGGAGGGGUGUCUCAGUGCAUGCUGGGUAACGCACAGCACUUCCCAAUCCCUUUUCCUUGGCCCUCUUGCCACACUGUGUGGGCCAUAUCUCGAGAAGAUGAAUAUGCUCUGUUCCCUACCCAGCACCAUUCUCUCACGGAGUCUCCUGCAUGCUUCUAACAGGCUCGGUAAACCUCCUGGCUAAAUUCUCCCCCAAAUCUCUGUUCCUUAUGAUGCCCUUCUGCCCUCCGUCUCUCUGUGUUGCUGUGGCUUGCUGCUUUUCUGAAUCUUCUCUCUGCUCACUGGCUAGUUUUGUGUGUGUCUGUCUUUGCUGCUUUCUGUCUCCUGUCAUUAAGGUUGGUUGCACCCUUUUGUCAGUUUCCCAGUGUGUUUAGGGAAGUGUAAGGUGUUGAGGUCAGGAGAGGGGCAGCCAAGGCUAGGGAGGCUUUCGAAUGGCACGCUGCAGCCUCUUUGAUCUGUAACUCAUUUUCCAGGCAGUGUACUCUUUGACCCCUGAAUACUACCUGAUCUGGCACAAUAUUGAUUUUUCAGUCUGACUUUGCAAGAGACAAGCAGAGCGUCUUGCAGCACAAUGGAUGUCAGGCUAUUGUGUGGGCUCCAUAGAUCAGGAGGAUACAGGAAGCCCAGCCCACUGGACCCUCAUCACUUAGGGUCCAUCACUUAGAGUCCAUCACUUACCUCAUCACUUAGCUGCUUGUGCCCUAACAGGCAGUGCUUUCUGCUUUGGAGGAUCAGCCCCAAUUGAACCCACAGUGUUGAUUCUGAAAUCCUUCCACCAUCUUUCUACCCACUGAAUAUCAAGCAAUUGAUUCAUAUGCCCACAUGCAGCUAACAGGCUGCUUGGCUCUGCAUGACAUUUGGUAAAAAGCAGCCACAGGGGCCGGUGUCCAGAAUAGGGCUGUGGCAUGUAGGGAGGGGGAUUUUACCUUUUAUCAUGAUCCCAAAUCCAAGUUGCAGGCUUCUGCAACUGCUAUUCAGUAAACAAACCACCAAGCAAACAAGAUGCUUAAAAUCAUGUCUAUUUUAGCCCUGGUGACCAAACUUGUCAUGUGAUGGCAUUGGUGCAUCCCUGCAAACAGUCCAAAUGACCUUGAGGCAGACUCAGGUUUCUUGUGGUCAAUAAAUGGUUAAUAGGGUCUGCAAGCUGCUCUAAUUGCAAACUGCAAACAGCACAAUAACUCUUGUUGACUGUGGAAUGCAGGCUGGGGCCUCUCUGAUAUCUCCAGAUAGCAGGGCGCUAGCUACAACACCUUCAAGGACACGUUUGGAAAAGGGAAUGAAAUAGUUUGGCUGUAUGGAGGGAGGAGGAGGGGAUGGAAUGCUCAAUUAUAGUUAGAGGAAUAUUGUCUAAUUGUAAUAAUUGUAAAAUGACGAUUAAGUGAUGCUAACCAAUGAGGACUGUAUCCACUGAAUGUAAUUGAAAUGGAUAUAAAAGCUGAAGUCACGAUGUAAUGGGCAUCUCAGGCUUUGGAAUCUAUCCCACUGAGAUCAAUUUUGCUAGCAAUAAAAAUCUGCUUUUUCUCAAUUGCUGGUGUCAAUCUCUCACUCAGAACCCGGGGGUGGGUGGGGGUUCUGCUACAACCUGAGUGUUUAUUGCUGACUUGUGUAUCAGCCCAGAGUGAGUGUGUAAAUUGGCCUCCCAGCUGCAUUCAUAGUAAGUGCCAUAAGUUGUUCUUCCUUACUUUCUACCCACAGUCUCCUCCUCUUCCAGUACCGAAGGGUGUUCCCUCCAAUGGGAUGAGCAUUCUGGGAAGCCUCUGAGCAAUGUCAUUUUCCUUGUAGAAAAAACCUUGUGGAAGGGGAUUAUUUCAGGCUGGCUAAAAAGCCCACACAGAUCUCUACAGCAACCACUUGCCCCACUUGUUACCCCUGCUAACUUGGCAAAGAGGCACCUUUUAACAUGGUGAUUCUCUUUAUUUAGCAGGGGGAGAAUAACCGACCCUAUCUACCCCCCAGCAGAGUACUUCCAGUGACUGUUGCUGCUGUCUCUCUUAUGUUUCUUUUUAGAUUGUGACCCCUUUGGGGACAGCGAUCCAUCUUAUUUAUUAUUUAUUCGUUAUUUCUCUCUGUAAGCCACCCUGAGCCAUUUUUGGAAGGGCGGUAUAGAAAUCAAAUCAAAUAAAUAAAUAAUGAAUCGGUUUUGGGGUUAAAAUAAUUUUAAAAAAUGAUUCAUUUAUAGCUUCCUCAGCUGGUCACCUGAGAUUUUUUUUACUCCCGCCACACACAUUGACAAGUCUGGAUUCUUUAUGGAGGCUGCUGGUAACUGACAGGUCACUUUCUGGCUUCUCCGCUGCAGUGUUGUCUGGUAUA